UCGAUCCGAUAGUCACUUGAUCUCUUUUAUUUAGCCCUGUGCGGACUUUUCUCUCCUUAUUUCAGGUUUAAGAUAUUUAGAUUCUGCUUUCGACUACCUCCAUUCAUGGCUCCAGGAACAAGGAAAUUCCCGACCGAGAUCCGGCCAGGCCUACUUCCCCAAUUGAGGUAAAAGAAUCGGAAGUUGGUCCGACACUACACUGCGCCCCCCGCCAACACUUCCGGUCCGGGCCGCUUUUCCUCAGAAAUCGGCGUUUGCCGAUCCGAAUGGCGGCGACUUGCUUCGGUUGGCCGCUGGCGCUUUGGAUCGUAAUAAUCGCAGCGGCGGCGACGACCCACUCGAAUAAGACGGCUCCUUCCCUGUCGCCGAAAGAGAAAAGCCACGAGAGUGCCUCCCGGCCCGCCUCCACCGCCACAACCGCGACGACAUCCGGGUCCCCGCCGUCGGGGCUGUCGGGAUUGGGCCUGCCGGCCCUUCACCGCGCGCUCUACGUCGUGGCCGGCCUGGCAGGCAUCGGCCUCCUCUACUAUCUCGGAGGCCGCACGUUUCGGACCAGGAAACCUCCACGGAAAAAAUACGGACUUCUGUCCAACUCAGAAGAUCCCAUGGAGAUGGCUUCUCUAGAAAGCGACGAAGAUACGGUAUUUGAAAUCAGGAAUUUGAGACGGUGAUAAAUAGGACUUGUGGUUUUUCCAACUCGACCAGAGAAGAUGCAGAUUCACCAAUGGAAGAAACCUGAACCUCUUGUUAC